AUGAAACUAAAAUUUCAAUUGCUCGAGUUUCUUCAAUUCCAAAAAACUAAAAAGGGAGAAUUGGUUUUUCCAGAUCUCUUGCUAACCAGUAUAGUUAACCUUAAUCCUAACCACGAUGCUCCCAACCCGAAAAUUUAG